AUGGGAGAGCCAACUACGGUGCAGGAUGAGAAGGGUCCUUCGAUGACAGAUACCACAGCGAUAACAGCAACGACAAAAAACAGAGCGCCGCAUGGAGGAGGCGAGAAAAGGCUGAAAGUAGACAGCAAAAAGCCGAAAGUAGACAAAAUCGAGUUGAGCAGGAGUCCACUGCAAUAUUUGAAUACCGUUCUCGAAUCACCGCCAGCUUUCACUCUCGAGCAUAUUGAUGGACCCGUUCACGAGCCUAUAUUCUCGGCGAAGGUGGAGGUUCUCGGCAGAAGAUUUGUGGGCCUCGGCCGGAAUAAGCAGCAUGCCAAACAAGUCACCGCCCUGGAAGUCCUGAAGGUCAUGUUAGGAGACCCGACACUGACUUAUGUUGGGAGCGAGACCCCCGUAGUGAUGAAAGAGGUCGCCAAGCCGGAAAAUUCAUCGCCGGAAUCAUCGAACGCUCUAGUAUUGAAGGUUGACGACGCAGCGAAGACUCCUGUACAAAUUCUAUAUGAGUUAGACCACACCGCCAGCUUCCGUCUCGUCAAAGAAGACUCAUCAGUCUUGUCGCACCGGUUCGUCUUCGAGGUCCUUGUGAAGGGCGUGCCUUACCGCGGAUUCGGAUCGAACAAGAAGAAAGCUAAGCAUGCGGCCGCUCGGACCGCUUUGUACGCAAUGACCACUCCGAUUCGAGACACCGGCUCUCUGGUAGAGGAGGUUUUUUCAAGCGUCCCGCUGACGUUGAGCGACACAAUAACAUUGGCUGUACUGAACGCGUACGAAGAUAUCAUGGAGACGCGUCCUGACAAGAAACCGUGGAAAGUAUUGGCUGGAUUGGUCGCCACGUUCGACACCGAUAAUGGCUCGCCAAGAGUUCUGUGUAUCUCCACGGGAACGAAGUGUAUCAGCGGACAGAAUCUGUCCAUGACCGGCACCGCCGUCUUCGACAGUCACGGCGAAAUUCUUACUAGACGGUGCUUCAAAUACAUCUGCUACUGCGAACUAUUGCGCCUAAAGUUCUCCAAGGGUACGGACGAUUCCCAGGGUCCGCCUCGGCUUUUAGAGUUGGAUCCCAGUGAUAGGAAGGCUCGUCUCGCGGGAGGCGUGAAGUUACAUCUAUUCAUAAGUACAGCACCGUGUGGAGAUGGACGACUCUUCGCGCCGAACGAAGACGCUUGUAAGGUCGUCGAUGAGGGAGCUAAUAAAAGCUCAAGAGGAUUGCUGAGAACCAAAAUCGAGGGCGGUGAAGGCACCGUCCGCAUUCACGGAGAUACAGUCACUCAAACGUGGGAUGGAAUCAUGAACGGAGACCGUCUCUUGACCCAUGCAUGUUCAGAUAAAGUUCUCCGGUGGAAUGUUCUCGGCUUGCAGGGCUCCCUGCUGUCGAAAUUCGUAAAUCCGAUUUAUUUGGAUUCGAUCAUUCUCGGAUCCUUGUAUCAUUCAGAGCAUUUAUCACGGGCUGUCGUGGAACGAGUCGCUUGUAUCACUGAAAACCCAUCGCUCCCGAGGAAUUACCGAUUGAAUCGACCGCUUUUGGCCAAAGCAAGUUCAACUCUGGAACGGCAAAUAACGAAAACCCCGUCCUACGCUCUGAACUGGAUACUCGGGGACCAGACCCCCGAGGUCUUGAAUACCGAGAGCGGAAUUCAAGAAAACGGUUUCCCAUCGCGUCUAUCCAAGAAAGUGCUCUUCGAUAGGUACAAGCAAGUUGCACAAGCUUGGAACCCGAAUGUACAGCCGGCCAGUAUGACUUAUGCGGAUGCGAAGAAGAACGCUCUCGAGUACCAAACAGCUAAACAAUGUCUCAUGAAAGCGAUGGGGGCCGCGUCCCUCGGACCGUGGGUCAAGAAGCCGGAAGAAUGCGAAACAUUUUUUUGAGUAUGAGCUCGCCGAAUUGAGAGGCGGGUCGAGCCCGCUUUUCGGGACGAUCGGCUCUCGAUUCCGAAAAUUUAUUGUAGUAGUCUCUUCAAGGACUCCGGUCUCCUGCAUCAAUUGUAGGUUUGUAGGGCCAUCGAGCGAUCGUCUCCUCUCUCACGCUCAAGUGUGUGUCCCUUGUAAUUUAUUGGCCGUGCAGUUGUCUUUGAUGCGUCAUUGUGUUUUCGGUUGAUCCGAAUACUUUGUACGAACCUCAAGUCUAAAACCGCGAUUGCUAUAACAUAUGAAGUUCCGAACCAGUGAGAAGUGUGAUCUCUGUCGGUGUGAUACCAUCGACGCUUUAGAAUUCGCUCCUCGAUUCGGCGCAGUGGUCGGAAGGUGUUCAUUAACGACGAGAAAACGAAGAUUCAGCUAGAGAAAGACCCCUUGUACAGGCGAGAUGUGACCGCCUGAGGCCCUCCUUGGAUACU